AUACUAAAUCGCCUUCACAUUUCUAAGUUGAAAAACCAAACGCGCAUACACAUACACUCCCUCAUCUAUAAUGUACAUUCAUUUCUCUCUCAAAUUUUCCUUCACUUUCCCGGGAAAAUAAAAUCCUCUUCCCUUUUCCCAUGGGCCGAAUCCCUACUCUCCCCGAACUCGACGAUUCCACUCCCACCACCUCCACCACAGACGCCGCCAUUAACGCCGGCAAUGCCAGCACGGAUCAAGUGUUUCACUCGAUCCGCGACCGAAUUAUCUUCAAACGAAACCCUAACAGAACCUCACAAUCUUCACUGGAUCAACGGACCACCAGCAGCAGAUGGCAUAAUAGUAAUAAUAAUACUCACACUCAUCAUAAUGCUAACAGAAUUAGCAACCGUAAGGGCUGGUUUCCGUUUAGAGGAGUGUAUUUGCUUUACUUUUUGAUAUUUUUUGCGGUUUUCGGAUUCGCAUUGGCAUCGAUGAUUUUACAGAGUUCGAUUACUAGGUUUGUGUUUAGUAGAGGAGGAUGGGGUGAUAAUAAUCCUUUUUAUAAUAAUAAUCGGUGGAGAUCUAGUAUUAGUUUAGGUAGUACUUUGAAAUUCUUUCCAUUGCAGCAUUGGCGCCGCGAUGAAGGUCUUGAUCAUGUCAGAUUGUUUGGGAAUAGAGUGGGGCUUCGAGCUCCGAAGCUUGCUAUUAUUUUAGGAAACAUGAAAAGAGAUCCACAAUCGUUAAUGCUCAUUACUGUUAUGAAGAAUUUGCAGAAACUAGGCUAUGUGCUUAAGAUUUAUGCUGUAGAGAAUGGGAAAUUGCAACCAGUAUGGGAGCAAAUAGGUGGCCAUGUAUCAAUUUUACGACCAGAGCAAUAUGCUCGUAUUGAUUGGACCAUUUUUGAAGGUGUUGUUGUUGAUUCACUUGAAGCCAAAGAGGCCCUUUCAAGCCUUAUGCAGGAGCCUUUUUGUUCAGUACCGGUCAUAUGGAUAAUCCAAGAAGAUACCCUCGCAAAUCGUCUUUCUGUGUAUGAGGAAAUGGGCUGGGAAUAUCUUAUUUCACAUUGGAAAAAAGCUUUUAAGAGGGCUAAUGUUGUUGUAUUUCCAGAUUUCACUAUGCCGAUGCUAUAUAGUGUGCUUGACACAGGAAACUUUUUUGUGAUUCCUGGAUCACCAAUAGAUGUAUGGGCUGCUGAGAGCUACAGGAAGACGCACACCAAGCAUCAAUUAAGGGCACACAAUGAAUUCCAUGAGGAUGAUAUGGUGGUUCUAGUAGUUGGGAGUUCUUUCUUUUAUGACGAGCUGUCAUGGGACUAUGCUGUUGCCAUGCAUUCUUUAGGACCUCUUUUAGUCAAAUAUGCUAGAAGAAAUGCAGAAGGAUCCUUUAAAUUUGUUUUCUUGUGUGGUAAUUCUUCUGAUGGUGAUGCUUUGAAGGAUAUUGCUUCUCGCCUGGGGCUUGUUCAUGGUUCUGUAAGGCAUUUUGGCUUGGAUGGCGAUGUCAAUAGUGUUCUACUUAUGGCAGAUAUUGUUAUUUACGGCUCUUCCCAGGAUGACCAAGGCUUUCCUCCUUUAGUUAUCCGAGCCAUGACGUUUGGGAUUCCUGUCAUUGCUCCUGAUAUUCCUAUCAUAAUGAAAUAUGUUGUUGAUGGAGUUCAUGGGUUACUUUUUAAAAAAUACAACCCUGAUGGUUUGAUGAGAGCUUUCUCUCGUUUGAUAUCUGAUGGAAAACUUUCUAGAUUUGGUAAAUCUGUUGCUUCAUCUGGAAGACUGCUUGCUAAGAACAUGCUUGCAUUAGAAUGUAUAACAGGUUAUGCAAUGCUAUUGGAGAAUGUUCUCAGUUUUCCUUCAGAAGCCUUGUUGCCAGGUCAAUCAUCCCAGCUUCAACAGAAGGUAUGGGAAUGGAAUUUGCUCUGGAACGAAAUAGUACCAGAAACGGCUGACGUGUUAGGCAUGGAGGGCAGGAAUUCUUCUUUCAGAAGAUCUAGCAUUGUAUUUUCACUUGAGGAAGAGUUGACCAAUCAAAUGGAUCUAACUAAUAUUUCUGGAAAUGGGACUGAAACAUUAGUUCCAGAUGUCCCUACUGAGUCAGAUUGGGAUGUCUUAAGGGAAAUAGAUAGCUUAGAAGAAUAUGAGAGGGUAGAGUCGGAGGAGCUUGAUGAAAGAAUGGAUAGAAUCCCUGGUGUCUGGGAUGACAUAUAUCGCAAUGCUCGGAAAUCUGAGAAACUUAAGUUUGAAGCAAAUGAAAGGGAUGAGGGAGAGCUUGAAAGGAAUGGCCAACCAGUAUGUAUUUAUGAGAUAUAUUAUGGACCUGGGGCCUGGCCAUUUUUGCAUCAUGGCUCUUUGUACCGUGGGCUAAGUCUUUCUACAAUAUCACGGAGAUCAAGAUCAGAUGAUGUGAAUGCAGUUGCUCGGCUUCCCAUCUUAAACGACACUUAUUAUCGUAAUCUACUUUGUGAGAUUGGAGGGAUGUUUUCUGUUGCAAAUAAGGUGGACAAUAUUCACAAGAGACCUUGGAUUGGGUUUCAAUCAUGGCGUGCUGCUGGUAGGAAGGUUUCAUUGUCUGUUGAGGCCGAAAAGGUUUUGGAAGAAAAGAUACAAAGAGAAAACAAAGGAGAUGUAAUGUACUUUUGGGCACGUUUGGACGUGGAUAGUGGAGUGACAGGAAACAAUAAUGAACUAACUUUUUGGUCCAUGUGUGACAUCUUAAAUGGAGGACACUGCAGAACUGCUUUUGAAGCUGCCUUCCGACAGAUGUAUGCCUUGCCACCCCAUCUUGAAUUUCUUCCCCCUAUGCCAGAAGAUGGAGGUCACUGGUCUGCCUUGCAUAGCUGGGUGAUGCCAACUCCUUCCUUUCUAGAGUUUAUUAUGUUUUCUCGGAUGUUUGUUGAUUCCCUUGAUGCUUUGCAUGCCAAUUCUACCCAUGCGAACUUUUGUUUGUUGAGUUCUUCAGCUCUCGAGCAGGAAAAACACUGCUAUUGUCGAAUACUGGAACUCCUUGUCAAUGUCUGGGCUUACCACAGUGCACGGAAAAUGGUUUACGUAAAUCCACGAACUGGUUAUCUAGAAGAACAGCAUCCAAUUGAACAAAGAAAAGAAAUUAUAUGGUCAAAGUACUUUAAUGUCACAUUGUUAAAGAGUAUGGAUGAGGAUCUUGCAGAGUCUGCAGACGACGGUGAUUAUCCAAGGGAGCGAUGGUUGUGGCCGCUAACCGGAGAAGUGCAUUGGCAAGGGAUUUAUGAAAGAGAAAGGGAAGAAAGAUACAGGCAAAAGAUGGAUAAAAAGAGGAAAACAAAGGAGAAACUAUACGAAAGGCUGAAAUCCGGAUAUCGACAAAAACCAUUGGCAAAGCGAAAAGUCUAACAAUUCUUGGUACAAUUCUGGAAUCUUCGACACCUAACAGAACGACUAAACCUUCUUUUGCUCAACUCUGGAAUGGAAAGGAAAAUAUUACCGAGCUUCGACAUUUCCUUCAGUGAGUUUUUGCCGAAUACGCCUCGUAUGGAAUGGAAUGGAGGGGAAGAACAGUAGCUUCUGAAGAUUGCAGCUAAAGAUUCAGGAAGUCGAGGUGUUUUUGGACAAAAGAUUUUUAACCAAAUGGACUACACUGCCCAUCAUUGAUUCAGAUUCUUUCUCACCAUUCAACAUAUAGCAGAGCUUUAUAUUCUUUCAUUCUUGUACAUUCUUCAAAUAGUGUAGAGAAAAUUUUGUUGGGAAUAAGAAUUCUUUCAUUCAUUUUUGGCAAA